CUCUUUUCAUUAUAUAACAUGAGUUCAUACACUACAAUUACAAUCUAAGUACGCGUUUCUCUCUCUACUUUUCCUGUGAAACAUCUUUAACAAUGGCGGAAGAUGCAGCAAGAAAUGUACGUCAACUGUCGAUGAAGGGAGAAAUCGAGGAAGAGAAAUGGGUGAAGCAUUAUUCUUCGAAUCACCAGAUACUGUUGGUUGGAGAAGGAGAUUUCUCUUUUGCUCUGAGUUUGGCUAUGUCUUUUGGCUCUGCUUCCAACAUUGUCGCCACUUCUCUCGAUUCUUAUGGUACUAGUGAUGAUCGCGGAAAGGUGUCGGCAUGAUCUGUACACACUCAUGGAGCUUUUGUUUUAUAUGAUUAUAGCAUAUGUUUUUCUAUGAUGACAGUGGAUACACUAUGUUUAUUAUUAUUUUAUGAAUGAAAGUAUG